GCACUUCGCCUACAGCGACGGUCGGACGUGUAACUCAUAUAGAGUUGGAAGAAAUACCAGGCGAAAAAUAAAAGGCGGAGGUGUGUGUAUGUAUGUAAGAGCGGAGGGAGGCUGCACUGGGAGCAGCUAUGGGUGAGAUCGAGGGCUCCUACCGCUCCUUGCAGACCCCUGCUGGAUCACGACUCGGGGGUCAGAACAACACUGGCAUCAGCACAUUGGAGCCUGGCCAGAGCCUUAGUUCUGCCAUGGGGGCUGGUGGAAAAGGCCACAACAAGGGCCUGCAGAUCCGUGUCCAGGGCCUGGAUGAGGCUCAGGAGUUUUAUGAGCUUGAGUCAAAAGCGGAUGGGCAACUUCUUCUCUCUGACGUGUACAGACGGAUCAAUCUCAUUGAGAGCGAUUACUUUGGUCUGGAGUUUCAGAACCUGCAGAUGAACUGGGUUUGGCUGGAUCCCACCAAGCUCAUAGUGAAGCAAGUGAGACGGCCAAUGAACACACUCUUUCGGCUGUCAGUGAAGUUUUUUCCUCCAGAUCCUGGUCAGCUGCAGGAGGAGUUUACUCGGUACUUGUUUUCUCUGCAGAUAAAGAGGGAUCUAUUAGAUGGCCGACUGAGCUGUACAGAAAACACUGCCGCCCUGCUUGCCUCUCAUUUGGUGCAAUCUGAGAUCGGUGACUAUGAUGACUUGGCAGACCGAGAGUUUCUCAAGAUGAAUAAAUUGCUGCCGUAUCAGGAACAUGUGCAAGAAAAGAUCAUGGAGCUCCACCGUAGACACACUGGUCAGACCCCAGCAGAGUCAGAUUUCCAGGUUUUGGAGAUCGCUCGUAAACUGGAAAUGUUUGGGGUCUGCUUUCAUCCUGCCGCUGACCGAGAAGGAACCAAGAUCAACCUGGCUGUAGCACACAUGGGCCUGCAGGUCUUUCAGGGCCACACCAAAAUCAACACCUUCAACUGGUCCAAGAUUAGGAAGCUGAGCUUCAAAAGGAAAAGGUUUCUAAUUAAACUGCACCCAGAAGUUCAUGGUCCCCAUCAGGAUACACUGGAAUUUCUAAUGGGCAGCCGAGAUCAGUGUAAGAUCUUCUGGAAGAACUGUGUGGAGCAUCAUUCAUUUUUUCGGCUACUAGACCAGCCUCAACCCAAAUCCAAAGCCAUCUUCUUCAGCAGAGGAUCCUCCUUCAGAUACAGUGGGAGGACACAGAAACAGCUUGUUGAGUAUGUGAGGGACAGCGGGCUGAGAAGAACUCCUUACCAGAGGAGGAACAGUAAGAUUCGCAUGUCGACACGUUCCUUGGCUUCUGAUGUGCCAAAACAGAAUCUGUCUUUUAAUGACAGCCUGAGGACUCCCAUACCUCCUUCCUCCGUCACCGCCUCCUUCCAGUCUCUGCAUGCCCCCAGCCUUUCCAUGCGGGCCGAGACCCCAAACCAGCUCUUGCAUCUCCACCAGACGCAGCACCAGCCUCUCAGAGCCCCCAGCCCAAUGAAGCAGGACCCCAUCAAGACCAACUCCCAAUCCACCUACGCCUUCCCAGACUCCAUUGCCAUUGACAGUCCACAACUCUCUCCAUUCAACGACAAGGGUCCUUUGUGUCUGUCACCCUCCUUCCAGAUGUCCACCCUUAGUCUUCCAGGCCAGGCACCAUCGCCCCUGCAGAGCCCCAUCUUGAAUGAGGUGGGAACUGCCAGACUAGAGGAAGACGAAGAGGGCAGGAGGAAGAGAUAUCCCACAGACAAAGCCUACUUCAUUGCAAAAGAGAUUCUGACAACAGAGCGAACUUACCUGAAGGAUCUGGAGGUCAUCACAGUGUGGUUCCGCAGUGCAGUGAUUAAAGAAAACGCAAUGCCUGAGGGACUCAUGACUCUCCUGUUCUCCAACAUCGACCCCAUCUAUGAGUUCCACCGAGGCUUUCUCAAAGAAAUUGACCAAAGGCUGGCGCUCUGGGAGGGGCGCUCUAACGCUCAUGUAAAAGGAGAUUACCAACGAAUCGGAGAUGUAAUGCUGCGCAACAUGUGUUCACUGAAAGAGUUCACCGGUUACCUGCAGAAGCACGAUGAGGUGUUAACAGAGCUGGAGAAAGCCACCAAGCGUGUGAAGAAGCUUGAGACCGUGUAUAAGGAGUUUGAACUGCAAAAGGUUUGCUACCUGCCGCUAAACACCUUCCUGCUGAAGCCCAUCCAGAGACUCAUGCACUACAAACUCAUCCUGGAGCGUCUGUGUAAACAUUAUUCAACCCAGCACAGAGACUACGAUGACUGCAAAGAGGCCUUGAAAGAGGUUGCAGAGAUCGCUACGCAGUUGCAGAGCAGUCUGAUUCGACUGGAGAACUUCCAGAAGCUGACAGAACUUCAGAGAGAUCUGAUCGGCAUCGAGAACCUUACAGCUCCUGGAAGAGAAUUUAUCAGGGAAGGUUGUCUUUACAAGCUCACCAAGAAGGGUCUCCAGCAGAGGAUGUUUUUUCUUUUUUCAGACAUGCUGCUGUACACAAGCAAAGGGGUCACUGCAACCAAUCAGUUCAAAGUUCAUGGGCAACUUCCUUUGCAUGGGAUGAUUGUGGAGGAGAGUGAGAACGAAUGGUCUGUGCCGCACUGUUUCACCAUCUAUUCUGCUCAGAGGACCAUUGUGGUGGCAGCCAGUUCCAAGGUAGAAAUGAACAAGUGGAUUGAAGAUCUGAACAUGGCUAUUGAGAUGUCCAAGAAAUGCCAGGAGAAAUCAGACGUCCUGCUGGACCCGAGUCUGUGCGAUCGCUCCAACAGAUCUUCAGAUGAGGUUUCUCUGGAGCAGGAGUCAGAGGACGACAUGAACUCGUCCCGCUGCUCGCUGGACAAGCAGAGUCACCACAGGGCCAACACCACCAUGCAUGUGUGCUGGCACCGCAACACCAGCGUCUCCAUGUCUGACCACAGCCUCGCCGUGGAGAACCAGCUGUCUGGUUAUCUUCUGAGGAAGUUCAAGAACAGCAACGGCUGGCAGAAACUCUGGGUCGUCUUCACCAACUUCUGCCUGUUCUUCUAUAAGACGCACCAGGAUGAUUUCCCUCUGGCCAGUCUGCCUUUGCUGGGAUACACAGUCAGCACUCCUGGGGAAUCAGACAGCAUCCAUAAAGAAUACGUCUUCAAGCUGCAGUUCAAAUCCCAUGUUUACUUCUUCAGGGCAGAGAGCGAGUACACAUUUGAAAGAUGGAUGGAGGUGAUCAAGAGUGCAGCGAGCGCCACGGGACGCAUGAGUUUGCUCGUACCCAAAGGCCCAGCAGAGGUGAACGCUGGGAACUGUGUGUGAGACUGAUGUCCUGGAGCUGAGGGCUGGGCCCGUCGUUUGCAGGAACAAACACUCCAUCAGUUUAUCCUUUCUGACUCUUUGGGGCAUCAUCAUCAUCAUUAUAACUUAAUUCUCCUCUCUGGACUGUUUGCUCUGCUUUGCUCGACCUCGGACUGAAGAUGAUGGUCAACGUUUUGUUGUUGUGUAACUCGUUCAACAUUUCUCUUUCUUGUGUUCUCGCUAAUGAAACACAAAGUGUGCAUCUGACAUUUUAGAACCACAUUAGACUGAAAUAAUUCUUGUAGAAAUGCAAUCGACUGAAUUAAGUUAUGUUUGUGCGUUUUCCUUAAACGUCCAGAUAAUCUUGCUAAUGCUACACUUGCUGUAUUGACGUUUUUAAGGUCUUCGCUGAGAGGAAUCUGUUAUUAGGAUGAUAUUCAAUUUUCCGGACUCUUGUUCAUUCAGUAGAAAUCUAGUCCCGGGAACUAAAAACUCUGGGACAUGACUGAAAACUACUAAAGGAGAGUUGAUAAACGGAGGGUUUGUAUGAAGUCCAGCUGGUGCGGUAAGUGAGAUGAAGGACUGGAGCUGUCAAACGUGUCUUGCUGAUGUUGAAACAAUUGAAAUGUUGGUCAGCGAGCAUGUUUACAGACUUGCUAAGCUCAUAAACUGGAGUUGUAUGAUCGAGUGCCUUCGCCUAUUUAAAGGGCCGAGGGUGAGAUGUUGGUACAGGGAGGAUUCAGAGAGGAAGCUUUAUUUUGUCGAUGAGACGGCCAUUUUGUUGAAUGGCGCAUUGGCAGUGGAGGUCAAAGUAAGUCUUUGAAGGUCAUUAUUAGGUGACUGUUACUAUCUAGAGGAUCGGCUUUUGUUGAACUCUGAAAACUAAUCAGAUAUUUAUUUUUCCGAAAAGACUGACCAAAAACAAUUUGCUAACCAAACUAAAUGUAUUUUUGUUUUAAAUGAUAUCUUCACAAAUGUCACUAGUUGAUUUUUCUUUUAAGUAUUUUGUGAAUAAUAGGCUCUAAACUGCGCAAUAAUGGGGGGUGACGGUCAUUCACAGUGUAAUAUUGCACUUUUCUUUCCAUUUUUGGCCAUUUAUACACAGGGACAGUAAAGUGGUUCUGGUGAAGUUAAAGUUUAGUUACGGUUUAAGUUUGCAAAUUCGAGACAAAGAUGUUCUUUUCAGAUAUUAAAUCCUAAAAUUUUGGGAAGCAGCAGACUAAAUCUGCCAGCUCCCUUUUAUUAUAUUGUAUAUGCGUUUUGUAAGCUUAGUAAUAAUUUACAAGUUCUUUCCCUCUGAUCCUUUAAACAACAAGCAUUCUUUUUUCCUCUCUCUUUUUUUACAAACAAUAUUUUUGUGAGCCAUAUCUAUAGGAGUCCGUUUUCACCGCAGGAUUAAAAAAGUAAAAAAAUCUAAUCGCAACCAUUUUUAUCUGACAAUACUGAGAGUGUGUCUUACAUUUAAACAUCAAAAAAUACAAAUAAAAAAGUGACAAACUAGUUGCAAAAAAAAACAACAACUUGAAAUUGAGAGAAAUAAAGUAAGUCUUAGAGGAGAAUUAAAAAUUGAGCAAACAUAAUUGAGACUUCAAGUAGGAAUUCAUAUUUUAUUUUUAAAAAUUAUAUGUAUUACAUUCUGACACUUUUCUAGAUUUGUGACUUGUAAAUUCGGGCAAUUCUGACUUUUUUUUUUUUUUUUUUAAAUAGCAACUUUAUUUCUAUAAUUUGCAAACUUUUAGGCUUUCUCACAAUUCUGAGCUUAUAUCUUGCAAUUCUGACCAUUUCUUUUUAGAAUUGCAGCUUUAUUUCUCUCAUUUGUUUCUCAAUAUUUCUCAUGACUUAUUUUAUUUUAUUAGUUUCAUUCUAUUUUAAGUUUCCAUCUUGAAAUUCUAACCUUUUUUUCUAAGAAUUGCAACUUUAUUUCUCUCAUUUGUGAUUUUUUUUUAUUUCUAUUCUGAGUCUCUAUCUUGAAAUCUAAAUUUUUCUAAGAAUUGCAACAUUUUUCUCAUUUGUGUUUUUUUUUUAUUUAAUUUCUAUUCUGAGUUUCUACCUUAAAAUUCUGAUUUUUUUUUCUUAAGAAUUGCAGCUAUUUCCCUCAUUUGUCAGUGUUCAAGGUUUCUCACUCUUCUGAGCUUAUCUUUUUAAUUUUCACUUAUUUUCUAAGAAUUACAACUUUAUUUCUCUCAUUUGCAAUUUUUUUAAAAUUUCUAUUCUGUUUCUCUCUUGAAAUUCUCCCUUUUGUUCCUAAGAAUUGCAACUAUAUGCGUCUCAUUUGUGAGUUUUUAAGGUUUCUUGCUAUUCCGAGCUUAUAUCUUUUUAAUUCUCACUUAUUUUGUAAGAAUUGCAAGCUUGUAGACUUAUUUGGCAUUUUGGGGAUAUAAUAUAUAGUUAUUAACACGUUAACUCGCAAUUCCAAGAAAGCCUAUAAACUCGCAAAUGAGAGAAGAAAAAAAAGUCGUGUUUUUUUAUUCUGUGGUGAAAACUGCUUUUGUUGAUAUCUAAUAUAUAAACACAUUAUGGUCUCGUUUCAUCUGAAGGCCAGUUUGUCAUUAUUAGUAGCAUGACGAAACCGAGUUGGACAGCAUUUAUUGUGUGACAGCAUUACCAGUGUUUACUUAUCAGCUUGAAUUUAUGAAGACAUAUCUGUAUGGAAUCUAAUUUGGGAGAUUAUUGAUUGUAUUUGUAAGGCUUUUUAGCUUUGUCCGUUCAAAAUGCUGUACAAGGUCUGACUAUAGACCUGAAAAUUCUUGAGCAAGCCUAAAAAAAUGCAUUAGUCGGUCACACUAUGAGUGGUGUUGCUUUAUGUACUCGAUAAUAUACUGUAAGCAGCUUUUCAUCUCGACAUGAGCUCAAGUAGUCCGAUGUGUUUCAAGUCCCUCUUCAUCCACUAAUGCACUGUGGGCUCAUGGUAUCUACCCAUUUUUGUACAUUUUAUGCAAUGACUGGAAUCAUUAUUUCUUUCUCGUUUGUGUGUAUUUGGCAAUUAGUGGGAUGGGUGUACUUUUUUAAAUCCAUCUCGCAUUGCGAAGCUUGAGAAAAGGGAGUUUAUUGGAAGACCUCAGUUGUUGUGUCUCCUUCAGUGAGUUCUGAUCAAAUCGCUUCACAACUUUACUAUUUAUUUUGUUUAGCAUGUUGCUGAGGCGUUGCUCCUGUACACACCGCAUGUUAUGACAUUGAAGGGAUAUCAAAUAAAAACUGAACUGUGUAAACAUUU